AUAGCUGAGUGACUGAAUUAAGAAAACAGCUGAAGGCAAGCACAAGAUCAUGUUCAAACCACAAUAAACACGUGUUGGAUGGGCCACUCAACUUUAUGGGGAAGGCUUACGACAUGUUAACCUUGUGUUUACUCGUCACUUAAGAAAUUUGUUUUUAACUAUGUUGGAUGUAUUUUUUUAAGUUUUAAAAAUUAUUCUUUGUACCCAUAAACCCUGGUAAAACCUAAAGCAGUAAAUUUGUGGUAUCAUGUUUAUACAAUUACUAUGAUGAUAUGCAGAGUAGGGAAUUACUUGGGAACAGAAACUAAUUUUUAAAAACUGUAAUCUAGAAUACAACUUUGAUGUAUUGUAAGCAAGGUGUCCACAGUAAAUGAAUAUUAUUUAUUUAAAAUAUUUAUGUCGAACUUCUUUUCAAAGAGCUCAAAAAUUUUUGUGCACUCUGCGUUUGAAAAUGUUACAGUAAAAUAAGAAGAGAAAGAUUAUUGCUAUUCAGAAAUUCUCUGGCUCUUUCUUCUGUAACUUUUUUUUUUUCAUUUUAAACUUAUUUUAGUUUUUCCUCUUGAUUCCUAAUUCCACUGCCCAACCAACUCUAUUUUAUCCUUCAGUAUGGGUCUCCUCCCACCUCAGAGUUCUAUACCUGGGUGAAAGGUAGGAUACCAAGCUUAUCAUGGAACAGUUUGCAGGAAAGUAGAAACGUGUUCACUUACAGUGUGUGUAAGCAUUUCCCUUUGGAAAAUCAAAUUAUAGCACAUCUAUCUGCUGCCUGAAAUAGACCUUCCACUUUUCCCUGCCCCUACUAAAGACGUAGCAGUAUUUAUAUUGAUUACACCUCAAGAUCUGAGUGGGAGAGUUGGGGGAGAUCCCCUCUUUACAUAAGGAGAAAUCAUUGGAGCAUCUACAUAAAUAGAAAAUGCAGAAACACAAGCAAUCUUGAGGUUAGUUUCAGCCUAGGAUUAGGUAAGAGAGUAAACAAACCUGUACACUGAAGAUUCAGAUUAUUGCAGUAACGAAAAUAAUCCAGCCACAUAAUGCAGUUCUUUUUGUAUUCUUUUCCUUUCUCAGUAAUAGUUCUUUCGACCUGGAUUACCUAAAAGUUUUCCUUAAUACUCUUUUUUAUUUUUGCCAGGUAAAUUCAAAGCUCCAUAACAAAAGGUGCAAUAAAGCUUCUGAUGUGAUCAUAAUAAACAAAGAAAUUUUAUACUAUUAAAUAUACUAUAGGGAGUCUCAAGGUGACUGCAAAGGGUUAAAAGGUCUCUUAGUAAAUGCCAUGAUGUCAGGAAUUUUGGUAUAUUUUGUGCACUGCUUUAUAACCUUUACCUGAUACACAGUAGGCAUCAGGUAAAUAUUUGCUGAAUGAAUGAAUGGGAGGAAAUCCUACAAACAGUUGUGUGAUUUAAUUAAGAAAAGCAAGGUUUAAACCAAGGUAUUUUAUGCUAUCCAAAUCCAAAAAUAUCCUUUAAAAAAAAAUCAAUGGCAUUUAUCUGAAUUUUCAACACCCAGGCUUCCACAAAGAUUGGAACAAUAGGGUUAACUUUUUUUUCCAAAUUUAUAUUCUGAAAAUGUGUGAAAUUAAUAUCAAAGAGCCUAUACUUUGACAAAGCAGGUUUUUGAGCAGAUGUUGGUUUGGCUGAGGAUUCAUUUUAAUUAUUUGGUAAUGUUUAUGAAGGAAGAAACUGGCAUUGACUCUUUCAAAAUAACAUACAAAAAAGUUAUUCCAGUACUUAGACAUGAAUAGGAGCUGUAAUAUGUUAUAUUAUAUAGUAAUUUUGACUUUUAAACAGUAUCUGAUUAGUUUUUUUCUGAAAAAGUUUGUUCAAACUAAUUUGUUACUGUGUUUAUUCUCAGGCUGAUGGUUUUUCCUCUCCAUUUUUUCUGUAAUCUCUAAUUAUCAAUUUUUGAUGUUAGUUGUCUUCUCUGUUUUUGCUUAGCCUUUGGAUAAACAGUUCAAAAACUCUCCAUUUUAAAAUGCUAGACCUCAGCUUCAUACUGUCCUUUCAUAGCCAAAUUUCAUAAAAUGUAUCAGUGAUUAAAUAAGAGUAAAUCUCUCAUUAAUUAAAAUUAAUUCCCCUAAAAAGGAAAAUUUUUGAUAUAUUUCAGAAAUAAUGCCAUUUUCUUCGACAGAUGGAAUGUGCUGUAAUGAAUUUAGUUUUAAUUACAAAUCAGUAAACAACUUGGGUCUCUAGCUGUAAUUGAAAUUCUACAGGUAGAAAACUGAUUGACCCCCCCACCGCCCAUAGGUGCUGUCCUGCUGUGGAAUCCCUUUGCUCAGUUUUCUCCUGUCCAAUCAGGUGGAAUGUUUCACAGGCACAUGGUUUAUACAGCUCAAAAUAACUUGGGACCUGUGAGCUGACAAAUGCUCUGGCUCCGGUGGUGACAGGUUGUCCAGCUUCUUACAGCCAUCUUCACUGAAACUAAGGUUAACUCCUCACUUUCUAUGGACGGCUACUCUCUAUUUCCAAGGGCGUGAAGAAUUUUCCUUUUCUCCUGUGCUUUCAUCUAAAAGUUCUCCUUGGAUAAUUAUCAUCACAGUGGAGCGCCUGGCUUGGACAUCCUCAUCUGGGUCAACUAAAAAAAGAAAGCAUGCAAGACGACAGCCUAGAAGCUUCUACUUCCAUAUCUCAGCUUCUAAGAGAGAGCUAUUUAGCUGAAACUAGACAUCAGGGAAAUAACGAGAGGAGUCGAGCAGAGCCUUCCCCCAACCCUUUCCAUUUUGGCAGUCCUUCUGGAGCUGCUGAAGGUGGAGGAGGCCAUGAUGACCUUCCAGACCUUUCAGCUUUUCUGAGCCAAGAAGAAUUGGAUGAAAGUGUCAAUCUGGCAAGAUUGGCAAUCAGUUAUGACUCUUUGGAGAGAGCAGAUGAAGCUCAAGCUAGAAAACGUUUUUCUUCUGACCAGAUGAAACACUCACCUAAAUCAAGUUUUGACCCUAACUUCUGCCAGGAUAACUCUCAAAGUUCUACCAACUCUAAAGAAAGCCUCCAGGAGGCAAAACGGCCACAGUAUACUUCUGAAACCCAGUCCAAAAAAGUUUUCUUAAAUAAGGCUGCCGACUUCAUUGAAGAGCUGUCAUCCCUUUUCAAAGCCCAUAGCUCCAAAAAGAUUAGACCUCGUGCCUGCAAAAACCACAAGAGUAAACUGGAAUCUCAAAACAAAGUUAUGCAGGAAAACAGCACCAGUUUCUCAGAGCUAUCAGAAAGAAGAGAAAGGUCUUCUGUUCCCAUCCCUAUCCCUACGGAUACCAGGGAUAAUGAAGUGAAUCAUGCCCUUGAACAGCAGGAAGCCAAGAGGCGCGAGGCUGAGCAGGCUGCCAGUGAGGCAGCCGGUGGGGACACCUCGCCAGGGUCUUCUCCUUCAUCUCUGUACUACGAAGAACCUCUGGGGCAACCUCCCCGGUUCACUCAAAAGUUACGAAGCAGAGAAGUUCCAGAAGGAACCAGAGUACAGUUGGAUUGCAUAGUGGUAGGAAUUCCACCACCUCAAGUAAGGUGGUACUGUGAAGGCAAGGAGCUUGAAAAUUCCCCAGACAUUCAUAUUGUCCAGGCAGGAAAUCUGCACUCACUGACCAUUGCUGAAGCCUUUGAAGAGGACACAGGACGCUAUUCCUGCUUUGCUUCUAACAUCUAUGGGACAGAUUCAACUUCUGCUGAGAUUUACAUAGAAGGGGUUUCUUCUUCUGACUCAGAAGGGGACCCUAAUAAGGACGAGAUGAAUCGAAUCCAGAAGCCAAAUGAGGUGUCAUCCCCUCCCACCACUUCUGCAGCCAUUCCUUCAGCAGUACCCCAAGCCAAGCAUGUGGUGGCCCAUCCCAGUGUGUCAACCAUCCAGCAGAGUCAGAGCCCUACCAACUAUCUGCAAGGAUUGGAUGGAAAACCUAUCAUUGCAGCUCCUGUGUUUACAAAGAUGUUACAGAAUUUAUCAGCCUCUGAGGGUCAGCUGGUUGUCUUUGAAUGCAGAGUAAAAGGAGCUCCAUCUCCUAAAGUUGAGUGGUAUAGAGAAGGGACCUUGAUAGAAGAUUCCCCAGAUUUUAGAAUUUUACAGAAAAAACCUCGGUCCAUGGCAGAGCCAGAAGAGAUUUGUACUUUGGUCAUUGCGGAGGUAUUUGCAGAAGAUUCUGGGUGCUUCACAUGUACUGCAAGCAACAAAUAUGGCACCGUGUCAAGCAUUGCACAGCUCGAUGUAAGAGGAAAUGAAGACCUCAGAAAUAAUGGAUCUCUUCACUCAGUCAACUCCACCACCAACCUAGCUAUUACUGAGCAACAGCCAUCCCCACCGAACCCAGAGCCUCCUUCUAUGGAACCCCCUAAACCCAAACUGGAAGGGGUUCUGGUAAACCACAACGAGCCCCGGUCCAGCUCAAGGAUUGGGCUCCGUGUGCACUUCAAUCUGCCUGAAGAUGACAAAGGAAGUGAAGCAUCCUCUGAGGGUGGAAUGGUGACCACCAACCAGACCAGGCCUGAUUCUUUCCUGGAGAGAUUCAAUGGACAGUCAGCAAAAAUCCCUGAGCCUUCCUCACCCAUCAAAGAGCCACCUCCAGUUCUGGCCAAACCCAAACUUGACUCCAGCCAGCUACAACAGCUUCACCACCAAGUCUUACUGGAACAACAGCAGCUGCAAAACCCAUCUCCUUCAUCUCCUAAGGAGUUUCCUUUCAACAUGAGUGUUUUGAACUCAACUGCUGCCCCAGCAGUGGCAAUGUCUAGCAAGCAAGUGAAGGCCCCUUCAUCACAGACAUUCAGCUUGGCCCGGCCAAAGCAUUUCUUCCCCUCCACGAGUACCACUGCAGCAACUGUGUCCCCUUCCAGCUCGCCAGUGUUCACCCUGAGCAACACUCCUCAAGCCAUGCAGAGGACAAUGAGCAAAGAAAGUCUCUUAAUUUCUCAUCCCUCUGCACAAACCAAAUCUCUAGGAGGGGUUUCCAUUCAAAAUGAACCACCCCCUCCAGGUCCCAUAGAGCCAGCACAACUGCCACUCACAUUUUCCAUCUCCAGCGGAAACCAGUUUCAGCCCCGCUGUGUGUCUCCAACUCCUGUCUCUCCCACCGGCCGGAUUCAGAACCCAGUGGCUUUCCUCAGCUCCGUUCUGCCUUCUCUCCCUGCCAUCCCACCCACCAAUGCCAUGGGGCUGCCGAGAAGUGCACCAUCUGUGCCAUCCCAGGGACUAAUGAAGAAAAAUACAAAGUCUUCCCAACCAGUAAAUGAUGAUUACAUUCGUGAAACUAAGAAUGCAGUGAUUCUAGACUUGGGGAAAAAGAUGAAUUUCAGCGAUGUCAGAUCAAACCAACAGGAGUACAAAAUUUCAAGCUUUGAGCAGAGGCUGAUGAAUGAAAUAGAGUUUCGCUUGGAACGUACCCCUGUUGAUGAAUCAGACGAUGAAAUCCAACAUGACGAGAUCCCCACGGGCAAGUGUAUUGCUCCCAUCUUUGACAAAAGACUCAAGCACUUCCGGGUUACAGAAGGCUCUCCAGUCACAUUCACCUGCAAAAUUGUUGGGAUACCUGUUCCAAAGGUUUACUGGUUCAAAGAUGGAAAGCAGAUUUCAAAGAGAAAUGAGCGCUGCAAAAUGAGGCGAGAAGGAGAUGGGACAUGUUCUCUGCACAUCGACGCCACCACCAGUGAUGAUGAUGGCAACUACACCAUCAUGGCUGCCAACCCCCAGGGGAGAAUCAGCUGUUCUGGCCACUUGAUGGUACAAGGUUUGCCCAUUCGCAGUCGACUAACAGCUGCUGGUCAGUCUCACAGAGGAAGGUCCCGAGUGCAAGAAAGAGACAAAGAGCCCCUCCAGGAACGCUUUUUCCGACCACACUUCCUGCAGGCUCCUGGGGAUAUGGUAGCUCACGAGGGGCGCCUCUGUCGCCUGGAUUGUAAGGUGAGUGGCUUACCGCCCCCGGAGCUGACGUGGCUGCUCAAUGGCCAGCCUGUGCUGCCAGACGCCUCCCACAAGAUGCUGGUCAGGGAGACCGGAGUCCACUCUCUACUCAUUGACCCACUCACUCAACAUGAUGCAGGGACCUACACCUGCAUUGCUACCAACAAAACCGGGCAGAAUUCCUUUAGUCUGGAGCUCACUGUAGUAGCCAAAGAAGUGAAGAAAGCGCCUGUGAUCCUGGAGAAACUGCAGAACAGUGGAGUUCCCGAAGGCCACCCAGUGAGACUGGAGUGCAGGGUGAUAGGCAUGCCUCCGCCCGUGUUCUACUGGAAGAAGGACAACGAGACCAUCCCUUUCACCAGAGAGAGGAUCAGCAUGCACCAGGACACAACUGGGUAUGUCUGCCUCCUUAUUCAGCCAGCAAAGAAAUCAGAUGCUGGAUGGUACACAUUGUCAGCCAAGAAUGAAGCCGGCAUCGUGUCGUGCACUGCCAGGUUGGAUAUAUAUGCUCAGUGGCACCACCAGAUCCCACCCCCCAUGUCCCUCCGGCCCAGUGGCAGUCGCUACGGAUCUCUCACCAGUAAAGGACUUGACAUCUUCUCUGCUUUCUCCUCCAUGGAAAGCACAAUGGUGUAUUCAUGCUCUUCUCGGAGUGUAGUGGAGAGUGAUGAACUUUAAAAAUGUCUGGGUGCCUGCUGUGCAAGGGGGCGGACUGUGGAGGGGGAAGGAGGACGAGCCAGGUACCAUAGUUUCCAAGCAGCUGGAUUUGAGUACGUUCCCACACUGCUGGACCUGUGGCAAGGAGUGCUUUGCGUAAGUCAGCUGGGGACUCUUGCAGUCUCAGCAGGAGGAGAGAUGUAGGGCUGUGCCUUUUAAAGAUUCCAACAAAAAUGUGAGAAGAUGAUAUAGAUGAACCAAAUGUCAUGCAGGUGACAUCGACUGCUUUGGGGAAAAGCUAGCAUGCUCCCCUGCCCCCUGCUGUGUUAGGGGUGUUUAGGCCACACUAGGAGCAAUUAGGGGCCAGGUGCUUGGGCUGAGAGGAGUUAGGUAGUAAUGACCUUAGGUAUCACUAACUCACCAAACAGUGCAAAGGAAAAUGCAGGGUGGGGUGUAGAGGAGGUCUCCAUCACAUUUCACUGAUGAUUACAGCCAUAGCAAUAGUCUUGGUAGAUUCAUUAAAUCAACUUCUACUUAGCACUAGGAGAGCAUGCCAUAAACUCACGUAUGUGGAGAAGCACUUUUGAUUUGCUAAUCCUGGGUGUACUGAGCCACAUAAAAAGUAUCAAAAUGUCUUUGAGAUAACAAAAAAAAAAAUCACUGAAACAAUAUUGCACAGUGCACUUAUUCUACAGCCAAAACAGGGCCCCACUAGCCUGUCUGCACCAUUUUCUUUUGGAUACAAUGGUGAGUGGUUUUUCUUUGUCUAUCCCUAGAUUCUAGAACUAUAGGAUUGUAAAUAAACCAACCAGAAAGAAAUUUUCUGCAGGGUCACUUUUAAAACUAUUAGUUUCCAUUGCCAUUUGCAAAACACUCAGUCAUCAUCCUCCUCUACCCACAGAAUAUUGACUCUCCCACUCCUCCCCUCUCCCCAGAAGUCUGGAAGUUUAUGAGGCAGUGAGGAAGGAAGAGAUGCAAACACGGAGAGGAAGUGAUAGGAGGGUGUUUUGUUUCAUUUUGUUUUGUUUUUUCAUUUACCCGAGCAAAGCAGUGGUUAUGGAAGGAGAGAUCUUUAAUCGUUGUGAAAUGCUUGGAGAUCAUUAGUCAAAUUGCAUUUUCUAUACAGAAAAUAUUAUGCUAACUGAGAAGGUGGGAGAAACAGGGAAUGUGCACCUUUAUUCUAACCCACCCAUUCAAAACCUCCCUCUCCACUUAAGGAGUUUUUAGACUUAAGUUCACUGCGCUAUCCCAGUGCCUGGAAGAGUGCUUAGCACAAAGUAGACAUUCAAUAAAUAUUUGUUGGAUAAAUGAAUCUUACAUUAAAGAAAUCUACAAUGCAUGCACCAGUCAAAAAGUUGCCCUAGGAAUGGUCAGCACAGCACAGUGAGCUCCAGAUUUACCAGGGAAAUGAAUUGCAAAGUCUGUAACCAACUCCCUGUGCCCAAGUCUCUGGGGUUCUCUGAGCCAGGCACCCUCAGGUGGCAUCUUACUCAAGUGAACAAAUAGUAAUUGCUUAGAAAGGCUUAAAAUGUUCCCCACUUCAAGGCAAGGAUUUCCAGGAUAAAAAUAAAUUCAUUCACUCAAAAAAUCACUUGUGUAUCUACUCUGUAUAAGAUGCUACACUACAGUCUGUGGGCCAUACGCAGAUUAAGACACAGUCCCUGCCUGCAGGGAGCUUACAAUCUAGUGGGGGAAGAAAGAUAAAAGACCUGUCACAUGCUGCUUCUUGGGGCAAAAAAUCUAUUAUUUAUCAAAGAGAAGUUUCUAGUGCUCCUCAUCCUAUAUUUUUCAUGACCCUAAAAUUAUCUUAUUUUCAAUCUUUAUUUCUUAAUUAAACAAAAUAUCAUAGGUUACAUCCUUAAAAAAUAAAGAUUUCAAGCAGUUAUUUAGCAAAAUUAUUAGAUUUUUUUCCUUUUGUGUGUAUACAGGAACAAUAGUAAAAGACUAGGCAAUUGGAAUGAAGUAGAAUGCAUUCCACAUAGAAUGUGUCCUGUAAAAUGUUCUGUUUUCAUAUUGGCUUCUAUUCGCUAAUCUCUUUAUAACCAAAAAGCACUUUUUAACUCCAGGAUUGCUUCCCCACAGUUGUACACCCAACCUCCUCAUUACAUCUGUUAAUGUAAAUUCUAGACCGUUCUCCCAUGAAAGGAUUUUCUUCAUCUCGUUAUGUCUUCGCUUUCUGAAUACUUUUUAAUCUUGAAUGUUGUUUUACAGCAUUCAACAUAGAACUAGGAUAAAUAUUUUAUUUGGCCACUAGAUGGCACUGUCGAACCUAAACUAUAGCAAGCUUCAAAAUUCCUGGAAUUUCAACUAUUGGAUUAUGUUAACAGCAGGGUUUCUGUUAACCUCAGCACUAUUGACAUUUGGGGCUGGAUAACUCAAUGUUGCAGCAGACUGUACUGAACACUAUAGGAUGUUUAGCAACAUCCUUGGCUUGUGCGCACUGGGUGCCAGUAGCAGAGCAGCCCCUCCCCAAGUUGUGGCCACCCAAAAUGUCCCCAGACAUUGCCAUAUAUUCCCUGGGAGGCAGGAUUCCCUUUUGUUGAGAACUACUGUGUUGAAUAAAUCCAAAUUCUAUUGGAAUUCAAUUGCAGUGAGAUAUAUGUAUAUAAGAAAUUUUAGUUCCACUGGAUAUGUUUGGACUCAACAUAUCCAAAGUCAGAUUCAUCAUCUUCACUUUCAUAAACCACUCUUCAUUCUAGUUUAAUGAUUCUAUUAAUGGCAUCAACCACAGUCCUAAUAAUCCAAGUAAAGUGUAUUCAAGUCAUUUUUUUGCUUCCUCUUUCCAGUCGAUUGACAAAUCAUGUUAUUUCUAACUCUAUUAUUUCUUUUAUAUUCAGGCCUUUCUUUCCAUCCUCUUAUAGUUCCCCAGUUCAGACUUUCAGUACUUUCUUAAUUUCCCUCAAUACUGCUGACUUCAACUAUUAUAAGAGACUUCUAACCAGUCUUUCUGCCUUUAGUCCUGCUUUUUCUCCCCACUCAAAAUCUAGCCUAGAUCUCAGCAUCAGAUCAUUCUUCCUGCUCCAAUCAUAUCAUUCCCCAAUUUUCGAACCCCCAGUGGCUCCUUGGAGUCAACCCAGGUACCAGCUGUUCUGCUCUGUGGAAUUCAAGGCUUGUUGCAAUAUGAUCCUAAAGCUUUUCAUCUGUUCCUCAGAAAACAUACUCAGUUCACGAGCAAAUUUAACACAGGCCUCUGCUUUCCAGCCACAUGGCUCUGUUUUUGCCUCCACCUGGAAGGCUUUCUCCCCAGUCUCCACCUAUGGAAAUCUUACCCAUCCCUUAAAAGCCAUCUCAAAUGCUACUUUACUGCCUCUAUGAAAUAUUUUCUGACCCCCACCCCCAAACCCCAAUAAAUAUUCUAUUUACUUUGAAACUUUAUAGUAACAUUUUUUAGUCUGGAAGAGAAGAGUUUGUGUAAUAUUUAAUAUAAAACACAGCCUCUAUAUACCUGUCUUUCCCCUUGCACUAGCUCAGUCUUGUCUGCACUAGAUUUUAGCUACUUGUUAGUAUGGACUGUGUCAAAAGCUUACCAUGUGCCUUAUACAGAGUAGGCAUUCAAUAAAUAUUUCUUGACCUAAAUUGAAAAUACUUUAAAAUUCUAGGUAAGUCAGGAUGUUUCUAUAUAAAGCAAAUAGAGUCUAGUAGUGGCUCUUAACCUUGGCUGCACAUAAGAAUCUCCUGGGGGAGCUUUUAAAAAUCCUGAUGCCCAAGCCACAACCCCAAAUCAGUAAGUCAUAAGCUCUGGGGUUCCUUCAUAGGCAUCGGUAUUUUCUUAAGCUUCCCAGGUAAUCCCAAUGAGCAAUGAGAUUAAGAGUCAUUUUAUUAACAUGAUUUGAUCACAGAACUUACCCUAAAAGUUCCAAGGGAUGCAGAUAGCAUAAGGCUGCAGCGUGGACAUCGGUGAAGACUAUCCUCCCUCCUUGUUGCACAUGCAGUGCAUGCCUGGAAAGUAGAAAUCAACAAGCACUUUGGCCUUAUUAGACCCUACUAUUCUGCACUACACUCAUUGGACAUGUAGCAUUCAUGAAGCCCUCAGAGUUAGUUCAAAAACCUGCAAAAAUUGACGGGGAAAGAGAGAAAGUUGGUGCAAUUCUUCUGACUCUUUGCUUCAAAAAACCAUACAGAUCCCAUAAGCACCCUUAUUUUCAAACAAGUGAAGGGCUUUUUGUAACAUGGUCAGUCAUAGAAAUGGGGAUCAGAAGAAAAAUGGAGAAAGAAAAUGCACUAUUAAAACCAAAUUACCAAGCAGCCAAUAGAAAGAAGCAAGACAACUUCCUCCUCCUCUUUCGUGUUUCUGAUGUAUCCAAGCUACACUGUCUAUGGUCCUUUCUGCAUCUUUCCCCUAUUCUGUUUGUUUCUCCUGAGGUGCCCUACGCUCCAUGUUCUGUAAUCCCCCGUGGAAUUACCCAUCCCCUCUCACACCCCUCCCCACAGCCUGCCAGCACGCUUCAUGCUCCAAAUUGACCUAACUCCCAUUUCAUGCACCUUGGCUUGGUGUUCAGAAGAAAGCAGUCCAAUUGAGCAAAUCUGAAUGCCUGUGAGUCUUUUAACUUCAGUUUAAAGCAGUUGCCUUCUUACUCCCAUCAACUUCUAAUUGAUAGAAUUGCUGGCAAGGAGGGGAAAAAUCAGGCUGUGAGGGGAGACCUAGAAAACUGACUGAGUCAGACACCCAAAUUCUUUUUGUUGAUCAUAACCUCCUCCUGUCCUCUUCCUCCCCACACACUACUAAAGUACUUUCCAAGCUGAGAUCUUGGCCUGAGUCUGUUUGUAUAUGGGCUAUUUAUAAGUUGGUUGUAAACUCAAAGGCAAAUUUACUCAUAAUGACCUUUAUUCAAGGUCCCUUCCAGGGUAACCUGGACUCAAAGUAUUUCCAUGAUGGUUGAGUUGAAAAAUCAUUGUGCCUCCCUCACCAGUAAGAUGAACACUUCCUUAGAUUGCAGCUGAGCUUUUUGAAGUUCUUUUUACCACUAAUUGCCUUUUCUUGUUUUAAGUGGAUCAAUAUUUCAGAAAGUUAAUUACUGAAGCAUUGCUUGAAGAAUGAGAAGCACCUUCUAUUCUACACUUUGACAAUGCAGUGGUCAUCAGUAUGCUAAAAAAAAAGUUGCUAAUACCAUGUUUUUUAAAAAUCUGUGCGAUGCAAAAAAAAUUGCAUAUUUGUUAAAAAUAUGUUUGCCUCUUAUUUCUGUGUAAUUAUAUUAGUUAGCGUACUUGGUCUUAUAAAAUCAUAAACAGGCUGCCUUUUACUAUGUAAAUAAUGGGCACUUCAAACUCUGUAGAGCAAUAGCCUUGAAAUUGCAAGAAAUAGAGAACAGACUUUUCAGUCCUCUGAGAGUUGAGCCAUAAAUGCUGAGAGUAAGCGUAAAGAAAGUGGCUGUGCUGUGCAGGCAUAUAAACACUAAUUUGCUAAAAGAUUUAACAUAUAAGUGAAUAGAAACUGUUGCCCUACUAAUAAAAAUUAAACUAUUUUGACAUUAUUUGACAAUAAAUAUUUUAAGGCUGAAAUAAAUGUGCACUUUUCUUUAAAAUGCAGAAAACAGUGCUAGUUUCCAGGUUUAAAGAUUGAUUUCUGAUAAUGAUUGAACCAAUUUGUAAUGUACAAAUAUGUAUAUUUGAUACUUUAAAAGUGAUUUUAAAAAAUUAUUCAAAUUGUAUAAAUUACCACAUGUUAUAAUCUGGUUAGAUAAGAUAUCACUAGAGGAACAGAAAGAUAACUGGGUUUUAGUCUUCCUAAAAUAUCCAGCAAAUCCAAUAAACUUCUUAUAGUAUGUUCUUUUACUUUCUAAGAUAAAAGUUCAUUCUGCCUCCUAACUGAAAACAGGGGCACAUUAAAAUGAGACUUUAAGAUGGGAAAGAUGAGGGAAAGGAGGCUUGACCAGUUUAGAUUGUAAGUUAAUGGAGAUACAAGUAUAGUUUUGCUACAAUAGAUAACAAAAUAGUUUAAAUACCCACUAAGAAACAUGAAUUAUUUUCAUAUAGUAUGGUAAGACUGAAUUGCUCGAUGUUCUAAAAUUCCAAGAACCUGAUGUUUCUAGACAGAUUCAGUGAGUUAUCUGCAAACUCGGCAGAUUCUUAUAAUUUCCCCACAAUUAGUGGUGCAAAAAUCCAGUGAACUAUAUAUACUAGUAUUGACAGUAGCAAUCACUACCAAAAGAUUGAUAAAUGCACAUGCACCUAGUAUAAACGGUUUUACUAUGUAUUUUAAGGAGAGUUAAAAUGCUGAAAUAAUUCACAUGAGAUCAUAUGAGUGUAUCUGCAUUUUUUAAACACAUAUUGCAUUUUUAAACACACUAACUUUUAUUUCUUCAGUAUUUUGAUUUCAGAGAUACCUUAUCCUCUUUUCUGAUUAGUUUGCUUGCUUUUCCCAGUCUUUAGCAUCAAGUUUCAUGACAUAUUCUUCUCUCUCACUAUCUCCCUGUCAAGAUAAAAAUCUGUCAAAUGUUUAAUAGUAUUUGGAGAGCUCCUUAUUUCUAGGAAUUCUCUGGUGAAUUUCAAUGGGGACUUUUAAUCAUUCAGAUGAUUUUCUGACAUGUUCUCUAAUUUUUCUUAACUCUGGGAUCUCUGUUUCUUUAUCUGUAAAAUAAGCAAAAUAUUUGAGACUUUCCCAGGAUAGAAGGUAGGAUAAUUAAAUAUUUAAGAAGAGUUUACUAUAGAGCCCCUUUUAAAAGGUGGUAACAGAGUUUUUUUCAUUCCAAAGAAAAUAUUAAAAAUAAAAGUAAGUAGCUAAUUUGUUUAAAAAGUUCACAUUUCUUGCUUGUCCCACUACUUUGUGUUCCCUUAGAAGGGUAGUACACAAUGGUGGAAUUUCUUCUUCCAAGAUGGUAUAUCAUUGGAAAAAACUUGGAGAAAAAUCAAAUAAAUAUCAAAUAAAUUCAAGAAAUAUCCUAUCUGCUUUCUGCAGGCAGAUACCAAGGAAAUUUAUUUCAAUAUAAAUAGAAUAGCCUAAGGGAAAUCUGACUCCCACAUCUGUGACUGAAGCUCGUGGAAAUAAUGACUCCACAGUGCACAGAGAAAUAGCAGGAGUUCCUGUGUUACUUUCUGGCUUAAGCAGUUCAGGACAACUCCACUGUAAUGUUCCAGGCUCUAAUGAAGAAACGUUCCACGCUAGUAUGUCAAUGGCUUUAUGUUGAAAUGAAUCAACCUUAGGAUAACAGAUAGACAUGGGCCCUCAAAAAUGAGCAUAUCCUUUGGUCUCUGUUUUCAAGUUCUUAUCUACAUCAAGUCUGAAUUUAACAUCCAUGAUUCAUUUCAGGCACAGGGACUGACAAAGGAUGCACGUGUGCCCAAAGGCAUUGCACUUACACACAUACACACACGCACACACCCAAGCUAACUUAAUUCAGUCAGAAUCAAGUGACUUAAAGCUUUUCCUUUCUCUUCCUGCGUGAGUUCUUUCCACUUGAAAACACACAAGGCCCCAGAAGGCUCACAAACAUGAUAUGCUUCCAUCAUAGGAAGCUUGAGUCAACUUAUUUUCUUUUUCGGUUACUGAAAUCCUAAUGGAAAAAUUAUUAUAGUAGCCAUUUGAAAUGUGUGAACUAUGUAAACUGUAUAUUUUGCCUCUAUUACUAGAAAGUAAUUACUGGAUCUUGGCUUGUAUUCCUUUUCUUCUGCAUUGUGCAUGUUAGAUAUUCUUUGGGACUGAAAACCAAUGAUUGCUUAAACCAAAAUGUUUGUAAGCAUUAACUGCGUCUUUCUUCAGAAAAUAUUUGGUACUGUAUUCCAGUAGACCACAUCAUCUCCAUGACACCUGAUACUGUUUCCUAACUGUGCUUUCUUAAAGAGUUGUUGGCGGCUGUGUUUUGUUUUGAAACUUUGCAAUUAGAAGAUGAAAAAUAAAAAUUAAGAACCAGUAUUUAAUUCAACCUGGAUGUUUUUAGAAAGCAAUUUAGAGGAUGUGAUGGACUGUUUCUUUAUUCAUUAAAUAAAAUUUUAUUUAUUCUCAGUAAA